AUGCAAGAGGAGAAGGUAAUAGCUUAUGCCUCAAGACAGCUAAGGAAGCAUGAAGAAAACUAUCCGACGCAUGACUUGGAGAUGGCGGCAGUUGUCUUCGCGCUGAAGAUAUGGAGAUCUUAUCUGUACGGGGAGAGUGUUCAGGUAUUAACAGAUCACCAAAGUCUUAAAUACUUGUUCACUCAAGCAGAUCUCAACCUGCGCCAGAGACGUUGGAUGGAGUUUAUUGCGGACUACGACGUGAAGAUUCAAUACCACCCUGGAAAGGCCAACGUGGUAGCUGAUGCUUUGAGCCGCAGAAGAGCAGAAGUGAGUGUGGAGAAGGAUCUAGAGACACUAGGUCGUGAACUGAAGCUAAAGAUCGCUACUCGGAUUAGAGAAGGAGAAGGCGAUAAUGAGGAGUAUCAUUUAGCAGAAGAUGGAACCGUUCUUCUCCAAGGAAGGAUCACUGUACCUGAAGGAGGAGAGUUACGAGAAGAAAUACUAAGGAUGGCGCAUCAUUCCAUACUUAGUAUUCAUCCCGGAAGCACGAAGAUGUACAAGGACAUACGGAGAUAUUAUCAUUGGCCUGGAAUAAAGAAAGCAGUGGCAAGAUAUGUCUCCCAAUGCCAGAGUUGUCAACAAAUCAAGGCGGAACACCAAGUACCAGGAGGGUUACUUCAAAGUCUGCCUAUACCAGAAUGGAAAUGGGAUUCCAUUGCUAUGGAUUUCAUCACAGGAUUGCCCAUAGCAAGAGCAAGGCAGAACAACACUAUAUGGGUUAUAGUGGAUCGACUAACUAAGGUAACUCGCUUGUUACCUGUUAGAGAUACUGAUAAGGUGGAGAUCUUAGCCGACCUAUACAUCAAGCAAAUAGUUAGGCUACAUGGAGUGCCAACGGACAUUGUAUCCGACCGCGAUCCAAGGUUCACUGCAAUAUUCUGGAGAGCACUGCAAGGAGCCUUAGGAACGGAACUACACAUGAGCACUGCAUUUCAUCCCGAGACCGAUGGCCAGACAGAACGAACCAUCCGGACUUUGGAGGAUAUGCUUAGGUUGUGCAUAUUGGAUUGGGCUGGUAUGUGGGAAGAAUAUCUACCGUUUAUAGAGUUCUCCUACAACAUUAGUUACCAUUCCAGUAUCGGCAUGUCACCAUAUGAAGCACUAUAUGGUAGACCUUGCCGCACUCCACUUUGUUGGACUGAAGUUGGAGAAAGAAGAAUGUUCGGACCGCCGAUGGUUGAAGAAACGAUGGAGAAGCUUCAAACAAUCCGAGCAAACAUGAAGAAGGCACAAGAUCGACAGAAGAAGUAUGCCGAUCAAAACCGGCGAGAGAUAGUCUUUACCAUUGGAGAUUGGGUAUACCUCAAGGUAUCCACUCAAAAGGGUAGAGAUCGUUUUGGGAAGAUAGGGAAGCUAGCAGUACGAUUCAUAGGUCCAUAUCAAGUCAUUGGGCGAGUUGGAGAGGUGGCCUAUCGCCUAGACUUACCAGCGGACAUGAAUCUACAUCCAGUGUUCCACGUAUCAAUGCUACGGAAGCAUAUACGUGACCCCAGCGCCAUUGAACUUGAACGGGUAGAACGAUUGCAGCCAAACCUUACUUACCCAGAAGGUCCAAUCAGACUUGGAGAUCGCCGAGUUCGUAAGCUGAAGAACCGCGAGAUUCCACAGAUUCAAGUAUUCUGGGGAAGACAAAACCGGCAAGUUAUCACCUGGGAAGAUGAAGAGAACUUCCGGAAGAACUACCCCGAGUUCUAUGCAGCACACAGCUUUAUGGAACAAGGAGAAGCAUUAUAG